GUGCAUCCCCCAUUCCCUGCACUCAUUUCCCAUAACUGUUCGAUGCAGAGCAGCGAUGUACUGGAUGCAGCUCCAGCAUUCCCCUAAACCAAAUCGGAUGCUUGUCUUGCUCUUUUUGGACCAAUCCACAAUCGGCGUUUUCUCGCGAACAAGCAACACUGCUCGCGUUUGCGGCGCCGUCUUUUGGCGCAAGGCUCUUCCGACUUGACGCACGCGAAAAGCUCCAAACUACCUGUUAGCGUUUCGCGCGAAAGAAAACGGGGGGAGGGAGGGGGGGGGAAUAAUAAUCUGGGACUUGUGGGCAAGAAAACACCACCAGGAGAAAGACGCGGUGUAUCUUAGUUUUUUUUGUUUUGUUUUGUUUGUUUUUUUCUUGUUUUGUUUUUUUCCCAUUUGGACAAUCUCUAUCUUUCUAAGAGGAUGCCGAGUGGCCUUUGGCGACCUUGAAGAGAUAGACCCCGUCAAUGUUGGCCAAAUGUGGCGGUGAAAAGCGCGCGUCGAGGGUCUGAACAUGCGUGCGCGCUCACAGGAGGCUAUGAGCGCGUUCCCUCACUUGGACACCAGACUGCCGCUGUCGCAGAUGAUGAUAAUGAUGAUGGGAUGCUUGAUGGUCGGCGGAACUGUGCCAGCUGCACCAGUGAACGUGUCGGUGACCCAGCUGAGAGCCCAUUCAGCCAUGGUGACUUGGAACGUCCCUCUAGGAGACACUGUGAUUGGAUACGCCAUCUCGCAGCAGAGGCAAGAUGGCCUGAUGCAACGCUCCAUUCGCGAGGUGAACACGUCAAGUCGCUGGUGUGUGCUGUGGGACCUGGAUGAGGACACACACUACAGUGUGCAGGUGCAGUCCGUUGGACUCCAGGGCGACAGUCAACCCAGCCGGGCCAUCCACUUCAGGACGCUGGAAAGGAGCGACCAUUAUCCGGCUGGAGUGCUGGACCACCAUGAACCGGCUAUGGAAGGUUUGGGAAUGUCGCCUCACCUGCAGACUGGAGAGCUGCUCAUCAUCACCACGGUUCUGCUGCUGUGGGCAGCUGUUAUCGCCCUGUUCUGCCGGCAGUACGACAUCAUCAAGGACAGCGACUCGAAUGGUACCCGAGAAAAGGCCAAGAGGCCGCUGGUUCCAGUUGCUUCCUCCUACUACAACGCCUCUCCCACCAGCUCUCCCGUCUACCAUAAUGGUGCCAUCCACAGUGGCAGGCUUCACAGAGCCUCCUCCUCUAUCAGCAUCAUUCGAGUCUGAGGUCCACAAAGGUACAUUGUCAAGGAACUUGCCAUGAUUUGACGAACAAAUGAAUUAAAGAGGCAUGGCCGAGAGCCUAUUUUAAUGUAUGACAUGACAUGGGAGAAGCAAGCAGCACUCCAUGCAAAUGAAAAACUCCUACUCAGAAGUGGUCACCCUGGAAGUGGUUUGCUUGGUGUGCUUAAAAAAAAACUUGGCCCUCGUUGUGGAGGCUGCAGCGCUUUUGCAUUCACGUCUGCCAAGAAGGGACUCAUGGAGGAGAAGCUCACUUGCUGUUUCCGGUUUUGCUACUUCAAAGACUAAAGGGAAUGCUCGCCCGCAUGACAGGCUCAGUGGUUUUGUUGUUGUUUUACAUAUGUAUGUCUAUUUAUUACCAAGUGCAGGGCAGUUAGCUUUUGCACACCAAUAGCUUUGGCUAAGCAGAUGCAGGUGUUUGAUUGUUUUUCAUCACAUACUCAAGAAUUACAUGAUUAGAUUACUAACACCACAAUAGUAAUAAUAAUACUGCAUUUUGUUUUGAGCGCCUUUCAUGUCACUCAAGUCCACUUUACAGGAUUAAAAGUGAAAUGCAAAAUGAGGACUAAAAUACUGCAAAGUAGUCUAAAACAUUACAACCAAUAUAAUACAGUACAAGAGAAAAAUAGUUGUAACCAAAUCUAUUAUAAUGAAUAUGCCUGUUUAAAGAGGAGUGUUUUGAAAAGUGAUUUGAAUGUCGUAAGAGUGCUAAUUUUUAGUGUGUGAUGUGAGUGUUCCAAAGGUGUUGGCCACAUGUUAGCUUUUAUUAUGGACUCCAGCGUAGACCAGUAGGACAGGUGGUCCUUUUUUUUUUUUUUUUAUGACAGAGUUCUGAAACGUAACCCAAUUUUUUUACAUUUUACGCUGUAGUUAAUCACUUACCUAUGCUAAAGCAGUAGUCAGUUCAUAAUUACAGCAUAUAUUUGUAUGGAAAAAAAAAAAACUUUAGGCCAUAAAUAUAAAACAAUCAAAUGGAAAAAGAAUUAGGUAGAGCAGUAACUGAGCGUGCCUUCGUGUUCCGUGUGGUAACAUAUUCUUACACCGCCAAGCUCAUUCAUUGCAUGCCGUUCGUAUUCUCGAAAUGUCAUAAUUAAAGUACAUGUUUAUAGAAAUAACAAUUGUAGACCAUAAAUAGAAAACGUCAGUAACGGAUCGGUACAGGCCUCACACGCCCACCCAAACAUCUAAUCGAAAAUGGAAUAAAGUUUCCUCAAUGCAUUCAGAACAAUUAUUAUUGUUUUACUCUUAAUUCACAAGUGUAAAAAAACAAAAAAAAACAAAAUGCUUAAUCUAUCAGGAUAGUUUCGAGGGCUGCUCCUCCCUUCUCAUGCAAUGGACUAUUCCAUCUGACUGUGCAUGUGCAGACUUGAUUCAAAUUGAGGGUAGCAAUAAGAAAAAGAAAAAGAAAAACAGCCUUGGUGCAUUGUCAGGAAAAUGAAACUGAGUUAUCCCUGUGAAGCGGAAAGAGGCGAAGGCGGGAGGAAAACACGAUUACACGGAAUGUGCAUCACGGACAGCAACGCCAGCUAGAUGCUCUUGGUAGUAGCAGUAGCACUGCUGUCAGUGUCAGCCGAGGAGGAUGCAGUAGAGAUGAAGUAGAGUGACACGAGUGACACUUCAUCACCAAGUGAGUACUAAAUCGGUUGAAAUGGCAAACCGUAUUAAAUGUUGAUUAAUGUUCUUAAUUGCAGUAAAAUGUGUUAUUUCACUUGUUAGAUAAUAAUCCUCAAGAAGGAUUUUAAGGGCUUUAUCUAGCACCUUAGGAACCAGCAGCAUACUAGCAGGAUACACCUUUUAGUUGCUGAUAAAUAUGAAUAUUCAAACUCUUUGCAGAUGUUGGGGGCCACAUGAUUGGGUUUGGCUUGGAACGUCAAACGACUGCUAAUACGCCACCAACUGAGCAUGACGUCAUAUUCUUACGUCGGCUGCCGUUUGUUUUGUUUUUUUUAACCUUGUAACGUCUGAAAACAGUGACCGCCCGUUUGGAUGGAUGCAGGUGAUUUCCGGUGUGAGAUGGAAACACAGAUUAUGCCUUGUAAAGUUCCUAAUCUAUUUAAUUAAAAACUAAUUCACGUUUCAACAUGAAGUCGGUGGAUUUGGACUGUCUGUGCGAUGGCGUCAUACGAAGGGCAGACGUCGCGGGAGAUCUAUCGUGACGCUUGCAAACGUCAGAUCAAAGCUCAUUUACUAUGUACAGGUUCAUGAAAAGCCUGCAUUUGAUAUCCUUGAUAUCCAUGUACGUAUGCAUGAUUUGGUCAUAAGUGGCAUUCACAGUAAAAAAAAAAAAUCAAUAAAUAAAAAUACAAAUGUUAUUAGUAAGACAGUCAUUCUACUAGUGCGCCCAAGUUAGCCUAGUGCCUGAAUUGUCUUGCUAGUGAGGACAACGAACGUUCUAGUACAUGUACCUUGAGCUGAAUAUCAAGGACAUCGACUAAAUGCUCAAAUGGCUUUACAUACUAGUAGAUAUUGUGUGUAAAAGACAGCUGUUAAAUGAUGCAAAUUUAUUCACGAAUGGCUCCUAAUUGGGACCUAAUCAACAGAUUUGAAUAUUGUUAAAUUGUAAGGGGUCGGGUUUAAGCAGAAUUAACCCCACAUCAAAAAAAAUCAUAAAAAUGCUUCUAUAGUCCGUCACUAAGGCAGAGAUGCAUAUGCUUCAAAAGAAUUCCUAUUUCUGCUUCAAUUUGAAUAAAGGCAAAUGUCAGCACGAGGUCAGAGUUCAAUGGAAGAUCAGGCACCGCAGGCACUCCUUGACCUUCUUGUUAAACACAAAAUAUGUUCCUGCUCUAUUUUGCAUUUUGCCUCACCACCGCCUUCUGUCUUCACUCCCCACAUAAGAUGGAACACAAAGAACAGGAAAAGGGAGCUUGGGUGGGGGUGUUUGAAGGUAAGGGCAGUUCAAGCCUGGUCCACACACCAAAAUACCACCGCCUGCCCGGGGCCUGUCAUCUUCAAUGAUGUUGAGAGGGAAUUUGUCAGGGAGAAUAUAGAGGGAGAGACAAAAGAUCGAUCAAGUGACUGAAUCAUAUCUCAGCAGCUCAUUAAUGAAAAUUGAAUAGUGACAUACAGUAUAUUACAACAUCCUCUGCUGUGACAUUCAGAGGAGUCAUUAAGUGGUGCUGGUUGAAAUAGUGACAAAAGAGGGAGUGGUUAUGAAACAGGAGACCAGUGAGUCAAAGGCAGGUUUAGCUGUAUGGCAAGUAUGAGUACAAAGUUCGAUUAAAGACUACAGGACUGCAUGUGGGAAAAUCAAGCAUAAAGCAGUUUUGCUUUGUGUUGACAGUACAAGUACAGAAAGAGAAAGAAGGAAAAGUGACCCAAAACUUAAAAUAACAACAACAACACAGUACUGUGUAAAGGGGGAAACAUUAGUUUUUGGGCUAGUUUUAGCAAUUUAAAGCAUGCACAUAAUUAUCAAAAUAUAAGAAUAAAGUUUUUAUGUUUGGGAAAUCUUGAUUUAAAAAAAAAAAAACACGCAAGCCAGGAUAGAUAAUGCAAACUUCACACAGGAUGGCCACAGCCCGGAUUUAAACCCCCAACCUCAGAACUGUGAGGUGGAUGGAUGUGCUGACCACUCGGUCACCGUGCCGCCGACCAGUAAAUAUUUAGUAAAUGUAUACAGUAAUUAUAAUUGUUUAUAAUUAUAGUGCAAUAUCUUUUUAAAAAUAAUUUUUCAUCAAUAUCAGUCUGCCUUGGCGGCACGGUGACCCGACUGGUUAGAGCGUCUGCCUCACAGUUCUGAGGACCGGGGUUCAAUUCCUGGACCCGCCUGUGUGGAGUUUGCAUGUUCUCCCCGUGCCUACAUGGGUUUUCUCCGGGCACUCCGGUUUCCUCCCACAUCCCAAAAACAUGCACGGUAGGUUGAUUGACAACUCUAAAUUGCCCGUAGGUGUGAAUGUGAGUGCGAAUGGUUGUUUGUUUAUAUGUGCCCUGCGAUUGGCUGGCAACCAGUUCAGGGUGUACCCCGCCUCCUGCCCGAUGAUAGCUGGGAUAGGCUCCAGCACGCCCGCGAUCCUUGUGAGGAUAAGCGGCUUGGAAAAUGGAUGGAUGGAUCAGUCUGCCUCACAGUCAAGAGAUUCUUGAUUUAAAUCUCAGUUUAGGCAUGCCUGUGCGGAAUAUGCAUGUUGUCCCUGUGCGUGCAUGUGUUUUCUCCUGUAACUCAGUCUUCCUCCCACAUUCCAAAAACACGCAUGUAGGUUGAUUAAAGACUCAGAUGAGAGGUGUUAAACUGAAGGGCGGGGCCAGAGUCGCCAAACCACAUCAUUGCGGCUGAUAAAAGCAAAUAAAGUGUCUACUUCAUGUUUCUUGCUAAAAUGAUUUUUUCCCUUUUAUUUUGACAGAAAGUCUGUCUGUUUCCUCACUUUUUGCAAGCAUUUUUAAUGCAUCUAAGAGAAAUGUCCACAUUCCUAUUCUGCAGUUUUGGUGUCCAUUUAACCCAAAAAGGCCCUCUUUUAGCCGGGGUGAAAAGACGCCAAUUAAUGUUAUGGUCUUUGUCUUCAGUUAGCUGUUUUGAUGAUUGGCAGGCGUCUAGUUGUGAAAGUGCGUGUCCGCCAGGCAACAAGACAUAGAGCCUGUGUGUGACGCAGGUAAAUGUCAGGACACCUUACAAAAUGCCGCUUUGUUCCCCGGAGGAGGUUCACGAGUUUUCUGGAAAGGUUCAAACCAUAAAUCUAAAACUGUUACAGUUCACUGGGUGUUUUUUAAGCUUCUUCCUCCAGUUGGGGGCACUUCCACCCUGACUCAUUCUGUUAAAAAUGUCUGAGCUACUGAUAACAUUUUAGGUUAAAGGUUGCAGGACUAGGCUACACCUACAGUAAUUGAAAAUGGUGCAAAAAUAUACAGUUGGGUCCCUAUGUGCAGCUAUAAAAGCUACAAAUGUUCUUAGAAGGUGAUUCUCAAAGUGUGAUAUAUGAAAGAAUCACUGAGUAUGUACAUUUCAGUUGUAUUUAACUUUUCAGUCCAAUAUAUUUGCAGAUGACAUUAAAGAACUAUUUGUUUUAAAAUGUCUAUUUGGGUACAAUUUUUACUUACCGUGGUAGGUGGUAACUGGUGUUAAAAACAUUUUUUUUACAAAGAAAAAAAAAAAAUCAAAAAUCUGAACAACUAUUCUAAGAAGACUUGCUUUGUGUAGUGGGACAGAAAGAGGCCUCCCGCAAACCUCUUUUUUGAUCAGCUGGUUAGCAUAUACAUCCAUUGUGUUUCAAUACUUUUGUCUAUACAGUAUAGUGUAUCUUUAGCUAUGGGUUGCUCAGCAUAAUACUUGGCAUACUCCUAAAUUGAUGAAUAGUGAGGUUUAGUCAUACUACUGUGGAGCAAUCUUUUCAAUUAGUGUGCUCCUCAUGCUCAUCCUCAAGAGUGAAAAGAAGCUGCAUUAGAGACCAUUUGACAAGCACAUUUGUCCCAUGAUUCAUUUCAAUUAAUCAUUUCCACAUGCUUCCGGCCUUUCCCAGGGAGAGCGUGCAAACCACGUCCAAUAGGAGGAUUUAAAGCUGUCACUCAAAUCUCACAGUGACCUUU